UGUUUGGUUAUCUAGCACAAUUUAUCAGCGCAACGUUGAAUUUCUUUCUGUGAAAUGUUCUCUCAGAGUACAGGUUCUUAUCAUACUUACCAAAUGAUCCGGAAAAUAAUUAUAAUUCUUUCCCUGAUAAUAGGGGUAUCUCAUUGUGAGAGACUGAAUCGCUAUGUUAGACAUUAUGAACUUCUUAGCUACAACACACAAGAGUUACAUUCCAAGCAUGAAAGAACCAGACGGUCAAUAGAUUCCUCCCAAGAAUUGGAACUUGACUUUGAGGCACAUGGGAGACCAUUUCAUCUGAGGUUACGACCCGGAGCACCAUACAUCUCCCAUAAUCUCAUACUAGAAACAGAUGAUGGUGCUGCUCCAUACAAACCAGAUUUCCUCUAUAUUGGAAACUUAAAAGAUAAACCAAAGAGUAAGAUCCAUGGAGGUAUCACCAAUGGGAUGUUUCAGGGUGUCAUUUAUGAUGAGGACGAUGAAUAUCAUAUAGAACAAGCUAAAUACCACCUUGAUGAAUCCAGUCUACCAGACACAGGAGCUCAUUCAGUCAUCUACAAAUCCUCUGAUGUCACCCAUCCAAGCAAUGGCGGGUGUGGCCUUAAUGAUCGAGUGUCAGAAUGGAUGAAUAAGAUCCAGAAUUCAAGGGUCGAUGAAAACGACAGAGAGAAAAGGGAUGCAAAUAUUGAAUGGCAAAACAUUGCUCAUGGAGCAUCAGAGAACAAGUACACUGAACCCAAACGGGUCAGACGUGCCCCAUACACCUUUGAGCGUACAGCAUGCAGUCUAUAUCUUCAGGCAGAUCACACCUACACAGCACAUUACUCCAAUGAUGUGUCGGAGGUCAUUCUCAAUCUCAACAACCAUGUGUCGGCUGUUAAUGCUAUCUACAUGGACACAGAAUUUGCCCAACCAAAUUACCAAACUAUCAGAGACAUCAAUUUUUUCAUCAAGAGGAUUAGGGUGAAUGGUACAGCCCAGGAGACGGAUGCGUCUAACCCCUUCCGUUUCUCAAACAUUGGUGUGGAGAAGUUUCUUGAGCUCAACUCAUUACAGAAUCACAAUGACUACUGUCUAGCUUAUGUAUUUGCAAACAGAGACUUCAAUGAUGGUGUCUUAGGCUUGGCGUGGGUCGGCUCUACUGGUAGUACAUCUGGUGGUAUAUGUGAGAAGUAUGCUAGUUUUCAUUCAGUAUCCCAGAGUCUGAAUACCGGUGUUGUCACCAUCCAGAACUAUGGCUCUACUGUUGCAAGCAAAGUUUCACAUAUCACAUUUGCUCAUGAACUUGGUCACAACUUUGGAUCACCGCAUGACUACCCUGACAGAUGCCGACCUGGUGAUAAUCCUAGUACACGAGGAAGUGGUAACUACAUCAUGUAUGCCAGUGCUACAUCAGGUGACAAGCCAUUCAAUGAUGAGUUUUCAGAAUGCAGUAUUGGCAACAUGAGCAUUGUCAUAAGGGCCAAUGGAGGAUGUUUUGAAGAAAGCGACCAACCGAUCUGUGGUAAUCUUGUCAUAGAUGAAGGGGAAACAUGUGAUUGCGGUUAUGAAGAUCAGUGUACAGACCAAUGCUGUAAUUCACAAACAUGCACUCUAACACAACCAAAUUUUAUGCAGUGCAGUCCUUCACAAGGGCCUUGCUGUACAUCAGAAUGUCAGUUUACAGGAAUGAUUCCAUGUAGGCCUGAGUCAGACUGCAGAUUUGAAUCAUAUUGCAAUGGAUCUAUGGCACAGUGUCCAGUUUCUUAUGCAAAACCUGACUUUACGGAAUGUAAUGACCAUACACAAGUCUGUGAAGCUGGGGAAUGUGCAAGAUCCAUCUGUGCUAAAUUUGGUCUAGAAGAAUGUUUGUGUUUGGAUACAGCUACCACAUCAUUGGAUGAGGCAUGCCAUAUUUGCUGCCAAGCACGAAAUGCAAGCAACACUUGCAUGCCUUUUCAUGCGUUUGGUGAUAGUGCUAUGAUGAAUCAUGUUGCUAUGUAUGGCAAGGAUGCACAAGAAGGUGAUGCGACUGUCAAGGUCCUCUAUCAGAUGCCAGGUUCUCCAUGCAACGAGUACAAGGGCUACUGUGAUAUCUUCUUGAAGUGUCGUAAUGUGGACUCAAAUGGCCCACUCUCCAGACUCACCAAUGCCAUCUUAAAUCCUGAACUCUACUCCAAUAUCGCUGCUUGGAUACAGGCUAACUGGUGGGCUGCUGUAUUGAUUGUACUUGGUGUAAUUAUCUUCAUGGGUCUCUUUAUUAAAUGCUGUAGUGUGCAUACACCAAGCAGUAACCCCAACCUGCCCAAGGCUCGUAAGGUAUCUGUCCCUGGAACCCUGAGACGACGUCAACAUGGCGCCCGAGGAGGUCAGGCCAUGGAAAUGGCAUAACACAUUAGCAAUACAGAGCGUUAAUAGUCCAGAAUUUUACAUGCAACGGGUGAUUUUAAGUUCAGGGUGGCACUUUUGUUGGUGUUGGUAUGAAUUUGGCUUUUGAUUCUUGUGCCAAAACCGAAAAUGGGUUGUAAUAAUACCAAGUGCAUGAAAAUCUCAGCAUGUGCUUCAUUUGAGCUUUAUUUGAGGUUUUGGCUAGUGGUAUUUUUCGCAAACUCAAUGCAAAUGUUGAAUCAGCAGUUUAAAUGCUGAAUUGAUAUAUUACUAUUAAAAGUAACAGAGGACUCAAUAAUUCCCUUGUUAAAUCAGUAACAUGCUUUGGCCAGAUCUACCACUGAAUUUCUAGGAUGUACACCUUUUCCUUCGAAGCAUCAACCACUCGGCCUGUUUCAGUCUUGUAUGAUGUCACAUGUGUGGCCACGUUAAAGUUGGGAAAAACAAUGUGUAACAAGAGUUCAAGCAUAGUGGAGUUGGUUCUAGAUCUCAUCCACAUCACUGAAUACUUCGUACGUUACUGAGCUAUACCUAAUAGUAAAGUCCCAACACCUACAUGUACUUUCUAUACCGAACUUGAAAUCACCGAGUAUAUAUAAAUAUAUAUAUAUAUAUAUUUGCUUUGUCAUUUAACUUUUAGUAGGUUGAUAUCAAAGACAAGCUUUUUUCUGGACUCAGGAAAGAAUGUUUUCUACUCUCCUUCAAAAUCAGAGUCAAGUCAGUAAUUGAACCACUGGGGUGUGCAUUAUCUUUGUCCUGUGUGCUUUCAUUGUAAAACACACUGUCUUUUCUUCUGAUUUUUUUUCAGGGGAAUAUUGGUGAAUAAUUUAUUCUUUCUGAUAAAUUACAAGUUAUAAUGUGUUGUCAAUGAAAUCUCAGCAUUGCAGCCUGUUCAUGCUGAAUUUGGUUUGGGUUACAUUUUUCAACGCUUGUUCUAAUUCUUCACAGAGCAAUUGCAUUUCUUGCAGUAAAAAUAGUUCUGGAAGUAUUUCUGUAUAAAGAGUGUCUGGAAUCAGGCAUUAAGUACCAACACAUGAUAUUUGAUACAUAAUAUUGUUUUAAUAUGGGGUAUAUUGCAUCUGGCUUAUGCAGUGAUAGAUGAAACCACACCCAACUGGGAAUACAAGUAUGAAUUUAACUCAGACUUUAAUCUUUCUUUCCACUGUUUUAUGCACCAUUGUGGUCCUGGACUAUGUUUGAUGUUCAUGGGCCGUAAAUAACAUUGUGGUUCCAGCCCAUUAGCAUGAAUUCACAUUGGUAGCUUACACCUUGAUAAGUAAAUUACAAUAACACCAUAAACAGAUGCAUGUUUCCUAUGUGGACAGUUCGGAACAGAUGUACACACGUGCUCAAAUAUUCUGAAGGGGGUUAAGUUCACCUUGUGGUUUCAACUCCUUGUCUUAUUUCAGGCCAUGUUUGAGCCGAGAUACCACACAUUUUUUUUACAGUAUUACAAAAGAAAUAAGCCUGGGGUGGUAUUCUGAGAUCAAUCUUAUCUCAGAUAAAAUAAAAUGAUUUAUCUCUGUAAAAAUCAGUGAGAUAAAAUACUUUUAAAAUCUCUCUGAAUUGGUAUUCUGAGAACAAUUUUAUCUUCAUAUCUCUGUUAGACACACCUAUUUCUUAAUCAAUAUCCAAUUAGAAAUGUGCUUUUAUAGCUCUCUCAUAUCACUCAACCAAUGGAAAUCCAUUCCGCUAGGAGGUGUGGCAAAGGAGUGAGAUUGCGUCAAUUUAUUGACUUCAAAUACGCCUGCACUAUACGCUUGCGCGUCUUUACAGAGAUUUCUUGUUAACAAAAAUGGCAAUACUCUUUAAAAAAAAUCGAAGUCUAUAUCGCAUCUUUUCAAGCAUCAUUUCAAAGACAAUAUUAGUCAAGAAAAGUCUUAUGAAAUAUUUCCUGAUUGUACAGGAAUAACUUUAAGGUGUUGUUCUCAAUGAAUAUAUAAUUUUUCUUAAUUUUCAUGCCCAUUACCCACGUUGCAAUGGCUAGAUACGCGAUGUCUAUGCUGCCACUGCUCUGUUGCAUAUCAUAGAUAUGCAAAAUAAAAUUAUACGCAAGAUAAAAUUAUAAAUUUCAUCUAAGAGAUAAAAUGUCAUCUCAGAAUACCAAUUUCAUUUUAAGAGAUAAAAUAAAAUAUUUUAAAGAUAAAAUGACCUCAGAAUACCGCCCCUGAGCAUAAAAUACUGGAGUUUAAAUGAAAGUGAUUGCAUUUUGUUUUUUCUUCUUUCUGACUUGUACUUAUAACAAUAUAUAUAUAUUGCGUCCCACAAAAAAUGAAACCGAGAUUUAUCGAUAAUUUAUCAUAACUAAAUCACAAAUACAAUAGAUAAAUGACCUACCAUUGUAAAGCUUAUAAUCUCCUCUUUCAUCUGAAAUUACAUAGAUUAUUUCUCAUUCAUGCAUGAGUAAGCAAAAACACUUUGAAGAAAGGAUACCAAAAAAUCAUGUGGUGGGCUAUUUCUGGUUCUCAAAAAGUAUUGAUACCUCAAUUGCAGAAAAAUUGUAAAAAAAAGUAACAAAGUUCUGGUUAUUUGAAAUAAGGCUUGAAUUUCAAUAAUUUCAUAAAAAGGAGAGGUUUUACAGGCUAGCAUUCAGACUUACUCAACACACACCGUUAUGUUGAUGAUCAGCCAUGCUUUAACUAUUUGUUAACCGUGCAAUAGCUUAUGUGGGAAACUGGUGAAAACAUGUUUGUUUGCAUGCAUGUGAUUUUCUUUUUGAAAUUCAGAUACCCCCUGCCAAAUGAAGUUUUGGUACCCUUUCUUCAAAUUGUUUUUGCUCACUCAUGCCUGAAUUAGGAAUAAUCUAAGUAAUUUCACAUGAAUGAAGAGAUUCUAAGCAUUACAAUGGUAGUUCAUUUGUCUAUUGUAUUAAGUUAUGAUAGAUUAUCCAUAAAUCUCGGUUUUGUUUUUGGUGGGACGCACUGUAUAUAUUGUUGGGAGGGUUGCACAUUUACUCUAAAAUACAACUCUAUCUCCUGUUUUUAUUCCAUUUAAUUUUGCAACAUCCUGCCGAGUAUAUUCAAAAAUUUGAUUUUGAAAUAUUUCAUCUACAUUUCUAUCAUAGCAAUAUUGAGUAUAACUACCAACUUAGCAAUAGGUAUGGUAGUCUAUAUUCUGGUAGUCCCAAUUCCUUCUAACUUAUAGGCCUACAAUGUAGUACAAUAUUAUUUUUUCAAAUGUUUUUUUAUUUGUAUACACUAUUUUUCUUUCAUGUUGGAUUCGUAUACAGUGAUGUGUGUGUGUGAGAGAGUGAGUGUGACAGAACAGCUCAAAAUCCACAAAAAUUCAUCCAAAAUAAAUCCAGUUUAAAGCAGUUCCUUCAUUUAAAUUUAUAAGCUACAUCCAAAUAUAAGUACUUGAUUCAAUGAAGCUAAACAAGAUGUCCAGAAGAGAUUUACUCUGGGAAUCAAAGUUUGUAGUUUGUUGUUCUCUUGAGCAUAAGGCAUGCUUACUGUGAAAGAAAAUGGAAAACAAGCCAUUCAAUGAAAUAGUUAACAAAAAAUGCUUGCUUCUUGGCUUAACUUAAACUUAUGAAUUUAUAUUUGAAGGAAGAUCAGACUAGAAGAUUUGUUAAUUCUGACCUUUUUUUUAUUCCAAUGUAUAUUUUGGCUGUGAACAGAUAAUGUGAUGUUAGCUCUGUAACUGAGUGUUUUAAGCCUUGAUUGUAUAGCUGGUUUUAACUAUUGAUUACAUUUAUCACUAUGUUCAAUUGCACACAAGAUGUCAACUGUAUGAUCAAUCGCGAAGCUUUGUGUUACAACCCCCUGGUGACAUAUAUAUUGGGUUUUGAGCUGGUUGCCCACAUUUUUUCAUUAAUAAGUAAAUCCAGGAUUGUAGCAUCUUGUAUCUUCUUUAAUACUGUAU